AUGCUGAACAGUGGUUUGCGGAAAAAGCUGCGGUAUUACACCCCGCGGGAGAAGUUUUCUACCCCGGGUGCGAAGCCGGCGAAAACCGUCAAGCAGCAGAAGCAAGAGCAGGCGGCGGCACGGGAGAAGAGCAAGGUGGAUGAAUCCGUCGAGGCCUACAGCCAGUGUUGCCAGGCAGCUCAAGCGAAGGUUCAGCGGGUAAGAGUUGCAAUCGAAAGUGCGCAGCUGGACCACUCGAAAUUCAACAUCCACGCACUGAACACUUACCUCAAGACGGUGGACACAGCCUACGCUGAAGCAAACGAAUACCUGAACAAGAUCUACUUGGCUGCCCUGUCCCGAAGAGGUGAGUUUGAACCGUUGUUCGUAGACUUCGAGGAGUUAUACGAAUUUGUGCGGAUUGCGCUAUGCCAGAUGAUCGAGGAGCACGCCGAGGCCAAGGCUGCGCUGCAGCUGGCAGCCGCACAGAACGUGAAACCGCUACCAGUUCCGCUGGUCCAACCCGGAACGAGUGGCAUAGAUUCGAUGACGAGAUUCACCCCGACGAUCGUCCUGCAGCAGUCGGCGUUGCCCACCUUUGACGGCAAAUACGAAAGCUGGUUCAAGUUUAAGCAGAUGUUCCGGGACAUUGCCGACAAGUGCGCUGCUGACUCGGCUGCGACGAAGUUGCACUUCCUGGACAAGGCCCUGGUCGGGAAGGCGCAAGGAGCGAUCGAUCCUCAGAUCAUCCGAGACAACGACUAUGAGGGAGCCUGGCGAAGUCUGACGGAGCAAUUCGAGAACCUGCCGGCUCUGAUUAGCGAGACGAUCUCGAGGCUGCUGAGCUUGAAGGCGAUGACGGGCGACUCCUUCCACCAACUGAAGACGCUGAUUGACGAAGUGGAGAAGUGUGUGAGUUCCCUGGAAUUUCACAAGCUUAAGUUGGAUAAGCUGUCGGAAGCGAUUGUGAUCACGUUGGUGUCUUCGAAGUUGGACGCCGACACACGGAAGGUGUGGGAAUCGUCAGUGAAGCGUGGGCAGAUGCCCGCAUACAAGCAGCUGAUCUCCGUUCUUCGCAACCAGCAGCAUGUCUUGGAGCGCUGCGAGAACGCGAAGGGGAUCCAGAAGAACCGCAGCUCCCAUCCGGCCGCCCGCUCUGCUCAAACGACGGCGGCUAGCAAGGCGCACACGGCGGUGAUCCAGAAAGCGGCUAGUUCCUGUCCAGUGUGUGACGAGAAGCAUGCCGUGGAAAAGUGUGACGCGUUCAAGCGUAGUGAAGUGAAGAUCAGAUACGAAAAGGCGAAACAGCUGGGGCUGUGCUUCGCGUGUCUGAAAAAGGGACAUCGCACAAGUGAUUGUCCAGAAAAAGUGAAGUGCUCGAAGUGUGCCAAGCGACACAAUGUGCUGCUGCACCCCGAGGAAAAGUGCGCCCAGGAAAAGUCAGUGCCUGAAGUGAAACCUACUGGUUCCACGGAGAGUGCACCGACCACCGUGGCGAAGUGUGUGAUCCCGUGCAGAGCCACUGAACCGCCGACGCAGGUGCUACUUGCGACCGCGGUGGUGUACGUGUACGACGACAACGGCGACCAGCACAAGUGCCGUGUGUUGCUGGACUCCGGAGCUAUGGCGAACUUCGUAUCCCAGCGGAUGGCGGACCUGCUGCAGCUAAAGAAGCGCUGCGUGAACAUCCCCGUCAUCGGAGUCAGUGGAAUGCGUACGAUGGUGAAGUUCCAAGUGCACGUGCGAGCGAAGUCCAGAGCCUCGGCAAGCGAGUUCUGUCUGGACUACCUGGUUGUUCCCCGCGUUACUGGGGCGCUGCCGGUACAGAAAGUGCACAUUGACGGAUGGCCAAUACCUGCCGGAGUGGAUCUGGCGGACCCGACGUUCUUCGAACCAUCCCGCAUCGACCUGCUGGUUGGUGCUGAGGCCUUCUUCGAGAUGCUGCUCUCAGGUAAGAUCAAAAUGUCCUCUGAUUUACCUGUGCUACAAGAGAGCACGCUGGGAUGGUUGGUGUCCGGACGAGUGGCGGGCUCAGCCGCAGUGACAACGGUUCGAGCGUGCCAAGCGACUUCUGCUCCCGACGUGGACGCAGAGCUGACGAACCUGCUGAAGAAGUUUUGGACGAUCGACGAUCAAACGGUCGAGCCGAAACCUGAUGACGACGAUUGCGAACGGCACUUUGCGGAGACCCACGUGCGUGCCGCCGACGGACGGUACGUUGUACGACUGCCGUUUCGGAAGGAGAUUGAAGAACUAGGAGCGUCACGCCAACAGGCGGAGAAGCGCUUCAACCACCUCGAACGACGACUUGACCAGAACCCAGCACAGAAGAAGCAGUACUCCGAGUUUAUCAAAGAGUACGUCGACCUCGGCCAUGGCAGAGUGCUGGCUGAAACGGAGUGUGGCACACAAGACGGAUACUUUCUGCCACACCACUGCGUGCUCCGUCCGGACAGCUCCACGACGAAGCUGCGAGUCUUUUUUGAUGCUUCCGCCCGAAGCACUACUGGCCACUCCCUGAACGACACGAUGAUGAUUGGGCCGCCCGUGCAAGACACGUUGUUCGAGAUCCUGCUGCGGUUUAGGCUGCACAAGUACGCGUUCACCGCUGACGUGCCCAAAAUGUACCGGCAGGUACGAGUGAGCCCGGAGGACACCAAGUUCCAGCGGAUUGUGUGGCGCGACGAUCGAUCCAAGCCUUUGCAAGUGAUCGAAUUGAUGACGGUGACUUACGGGACAGCUGCGGCCCCGUUCCUCGCCACACGAGCUUUGAACCAGCUGGCAGCAUACGAGAAGGAGGACUACCCCGAAGCCAGCAAAGUUGUGUCGUCGAGCUUUUACGUAGACGAUGUGCUUUCGGGUGCAGCGACGAUUGAGAAAGCGAAGCAGCUGCAGUCUAAUCUGGCGGCGCUACUCGCAAGAGGCGGUUUUGAGCUGCACAAGUGGUGCGCAAACGAUGCGGCGCUGCUGGAAGACAUCCCCAUUGCGAAGCAAGAAAAGCAGCUCGACUUCGAGAACCACGACGCCAAGGACACAGUCAAGACGCUCGGGCUUCUGUGGAACCCCGUCGAGGACCACUUCUUCUUCCGCGUGAAGCCGCUGGACAAGGACCGUGACAACUGGACGAAACAGCAAGUACUAUCGGAGAUUGCCAAACUGUUUGAUCCGCUUGGGUUGCUGGGCCCAACGGUAGCGUUGGCAAAAAUGGUCAUGCAAGAAACCUGGAGAAGCGGCAUCGGAUGGAACGACGUGCUGCCACCACCCCUGAUGGCACGAUGGAGAAAACUGCGGAACGCCCUUGCUGAACUUGCCGAGAUCAAGAUCCCGAGGCGAGUGACCACCGAUGACGCAAGAAACUGGGAGCUGCACGGCUAUGCGGAUGCGUCCGCCAAGGCCUACGGUUGCAGCAUCUACUUGCGGAACGUCAAGGUGGAUGGCACAGAAGAACUUUUCUUGCUGUGCGGGAAGUCGCGAGUCACUCCGGUCAAGGAAGCCGAACGCAAGCAGAAGGAUGACGCUGAACCAGCUGACAUGACGAUGCCAAGACUGGAGGCGUGCGCGGCCGAGCUGCUGGCCGAGCAAAUUGUGAAGGUGGUGAAGGCAAUCGACAUCCCCAUUGACCGAGUCGUACUGUGGUCCGACUCGCAGAUUGUACUCAGCUGGCUGGAGUACAUGAAACCUGGAACCCCGGUCUUCGUCAGAAAUCGGGUCAACCGAAUCCGAGAGCUCACAAGCAAGUACGAGUGGCACUACGUAUCAACCAAGAACAACCCCGCCGACCACAUCUCCCGUGGUUUGCUACCGAAGCAGUUGAAGAAGUGCGGCUUGUGGUGGAAGGCUCGCCACACCGAGAAUCUGGGCCCGAUAGUGAUGCUCUGCGAGAAGAUGGUUCCGGACGGGAACCGAGUGCUGGAAGUGAUCUCGGACUGCGGCAGCUUUCGGAAACUGGAGCGGAUCUUUGGCUACGUGCUGAGGUUCGUUGGAAACUGCAAGAUGAAGCUGGAAGACCGACGAUGUGGCAGACUGGGUAGAGAAGACUACUCUGCCGCACUGCAAGCGAUGGUGAAAGCGGUCCAACAGGAGGAGUUCAGCGAAGACCUGAAGCGCUUGGAAGCUGACAAGCCGCUCAACAACAAGCUGAACAAGUUGAACCCGAUGGUUGAGAAGGACAGUGGACUGCUGAGAGUCGGUGGCCGCCUGAGCAACUCCGACUUGCCGUACAACCAACGGCACCCGAUGAUCCUGCCAGAAAAGCACCACCUCACUGAGCUGAUCAUCGAGACUCUACACAACGAAAACCUACACGUCGGACUGAACGGUCUGCUAGCGUCGCUGAGGCGUCGCUUCUGGCCCGUGAACGCGAAGCGAGCGAUACACCGAGUGCUGCGGCGCUGUGUUACGUGCUUCUGGGUCAAACCCACCGACACGGAGCAGUUCAUGGGCGAUCUCCCGAAGUGUAGAGUGACAGUCGCUGAGCCAUUCGCGCGAACCGGCGUGGACUACGCUGGACCAGUGAUGCUGAAGCAAGGACGUCUCAAGGCACCAGUCAAGGGGUACAUUGCAGUGUUUGUCUGCCUGUGUACCAAAGCAAUACACCUUGAGCUCGUCACCUCGAUGUCAACUGAAGCGUUUCUGGCGGCGCUACACCGUUUCGUGAGCCGACGCGGGAACGUGAGCGAAAUGAAGUCUGACAAUGGGACCAACUUCAUUGGAGCGGCGCGAGAACUGACCGAACUAGCAGAGCUGUUGCGGUCCCAGAUGCUGGAGCGGAAACUGGACGAGUUCUGCCAAGCACGAAGUAUUGACUGGAGUUUCAACCCGCCCAAGGCCCCGCACCAGGGAGGACUGUGGGAAGCAGGUGUAAAGAGUGCCAAACACCACCUGUACCGGGUACUGAACGAGUCCCAUCUCACCUACGAAGAAAUGAACACGCUGCUGAUCCAAAUCGAGGCGGUGCUGAACUCGCGCCCGCUUUGUCAGCAGACUGACGACCCGCUCGACUACCGUGCUCUCAGCCCAGGGCACUUCCUCGUGGGUCGCGAGUUGACGGCGCUUCCGGAACCGCUGUACGACGGGCUGAAGGAGAACAAACUGACGCGGUACCAGCUCGUCCAGAAGCGGAAGCAGGAUUUCUAUCGCCGGUGGUGCAACGAGUACCUUACCGAGCUGCAACAGCGCGGCAAGUGGAACAAGGGAGCAUCCGUGGUUCGGAAGGGUAUGUUGGUCAUCCUGAAGCAGGACAACGUACCACCGCAGCAGUGGAGGCUUGGCCGAAUCGUGGACACCCACCCCGGGAAGGACGGCGUCACGAGGGUGGUGACGGUUCGCACCAGCUCCGGUGAAUACCGGAGACCAACGACGCAGGUAGCAGUACUUCCGAUUUUGGACAACGAGACCCAGGAACUGGAGGAGACGACGGCUUGA